AUGCGCCGCUCCCGGAGCAGAGGGUAUCCUGAAGAUGAAGGACGCACCCGAGCUCGACUCCGAAGAAGGCCCCCUUCGAUGUCGCCAGUUUACAGGUCUCCGCCCAGAAGGCGGCGGCGGAGAGGCUAUGGCCAGGGCCGCCACCGACGUGACGCAUUUCGGGAUGAUAGCCGCGACUCCCAGGAAAGCAGGGAUGCUCGGCUGGUUCCCAGGAACCGGAGCCCCCGAGAGGGAGCCAAGACAAGCCAUCGCAUCCUGACGGUCCUGCCGGAGGAAGUCGGCAAAGUACUUGGCAGGAAAGGCGAGACGGUCCGAAUCAUCGAGAAGGACUCUGGGGCCAAAGUGGAGCUGGAUAAGGCUCAAGGCAAGGUGGAGAUCUUUGGCAGCCUUGAGGAGCAGGACAAGGCGCUGGAGCUGCUCUUGGCCGAAGUCCAUUGGGCUCAAGCCGAGGACGGCACGGUCCUCAAGGACGAGCCCCGGCCCAAGCAGCGGAGUGGGGAUGAGCCAGAGCUCCCACCUCCCGUCCAGCUUUGGGUGAAGGAUCGGGAAGCUGGGAGAGUCAUCGGUCGCCGUGGCGAGACAGUGCGCGAGGUGAUCGAGAAGUCCGGCGCAGACGUCAAGGUCCAGAAGUCGGAGGAGAUGCCGGCCGGAAGCAAAGAGAGGCAAGUGCAGGUCAUCGGCACCAAGGAGCAGCAGGAUGAGGCCUCCACUGCCUCCACCCUUCGGGGCCUCUUUAGCCAAACGCGUCAGCACGGGGCAGCGGGGAAGGCUGCUGCGACUUUCUUGUGA